GGAAAGAAAGUGGCGGUCACGUGACGGACCGCGGCGAUUGUCACGUGACGGACAAGCUAUGGCGGCUUUCAUGGAGCAGGGCGUGCAGAUGGAGUUUCCCUGGAACCGGCUGCGGGUUCUGGAGCUGAUCGACCUGUACAAGAUCGAGGACGUGCUGUGGAACAUCAGCAACCGGGACUACCACAACAAGGCGAUGAGACAGGCCGCGCUCGUCCGCCUGAGCGCGAAGCUCGCCGCGCCCGUGCACGAGGUGAACAAGAAGCUGAUGAACCUGCGCACGUACUACAGCAAGGAGCUGGCCAAGGUGAAGCGCUCGCGCGUCCGCGCGGCGGCCGCCGGGGGCGGGGAGGUCUACCGCUCGCAGUGGCCCUACUUCCACUUCAUGGACCACUUCCUCAGCCCGCACGUGGUGCCCCGCAAGUCCCACACACAGGAGCUGAGGGAGGAGAACGGUGAGGUGGAGGUGGAGCUGGAGGGAGAGGUGGAGCAAACGGAGGCCCUAAGCCCUGUGGUGAUCAGCCCUGCCCCACCCACUCCUCCUCCUCCGCCCCUCCCCGCCCCCGGCCCCGCCCCCGGCCUGAGAUGGAGCCUGAGCUCUUUCCCGGAGGUUCGGGUGGCCCGGAGGCGGGCCGUGGAGACCCCGCCCCUGUGCGGCGGUGUCGGCGGUGCGAAGCGCCACAGGGAGGACCUGCUCCUGCGCGAGGCCGUGCGGGCCUACAAGACCACCGCGGCGACCGCCUCCCUCGCCCCCGCCCCCCUGGCCCCCGCCGCCCCGCCCCCUCCCACGGCCCCGCCCCCCGCCCCGCCCCCGCCUCGGGAGGACGUGGACGACGUGUUCGGCAGGCACGUGGCCAAUGAGCUGCGGCUGGUGGGGGACCUGCGCGCCAAGCAGUACGCCAAGCUGCAGAUCCAGAACAUUCUGUUCCAGGCGCAGUUCGGCCUGUCCUCCCCGUUCCCGUCGUCCGCUGGACCCCCCUCCCCCGACGGCCUGCCCCUGGACACAGAGCUCCCCCCGGACCCUGCCUUCCUGCACCUGCAGAUGCCUUCCUCCUCCUCCUCGUACCCCCACACGGACAGGGGGAACCCCUCUCUGCAGGUGCUGAAGAGCAGCCCACGAUCUCUGGAGCCCUCAGAGUAAUACCCACCUUCCUCCACCAGAGGGCGCUGCUCAGAGUAAUACCCACCUUCCUCCACCAGAGGGCGCUGCUCAGAGUAAUACCCACCUUCCUCCACCAGAUGGCGCUGCUCGGAGUAAUAGCCACCUUCUUCCGCCAGAGGGCGCUGCUCAGAGUAAUACCCUCCUUCCUCCACCAGAGGGCACUGAUCAGAGUAAUAGCCACCUUCUUCCACCAGAGGGUGCUGCUGUGUGGCGCUGGGACAGGUGACAGGUGUCGUGAGCUGCUUCUGAAAUGGUGGAGGGCAGUUUGACGCCACGUGCGGGCGGACGGAUCUGGAAAACACGCUACAGAGAUUCGCCAGAACCUGAUUCUACUCAUCAUGGUCCUGAGGUGUAUCACUGAGUGUGUCGUACGCUCCACACAUCCCCCAAACCAGAGUCUGCCACUGGCCACUGGCACUUCUUUCAUGUCACAGAGAGGUCCUGCCGUUGAAGCAAAUUUAGGGCUUCUCUGUUGGGGUACAUUCACAAGCGUUGCUGCUGGAUUCUUACCUUGGCAGGGUAACGAGGACAUGCGGUGUCAUUGACGCGAGGCAUCUCACUAACUUCAGCUGCUUGAGUGCUAAUUGCUCCCCCUUGUGGAGAGUCUUCGGCCUGCUAAAGGUGAGAGAUUGAGUGAGUGAAUGUGUGAGUGAGUGAGUUAGUGAGUGAAUGCGUGACUGAGUGUGUGUGAGAGAGAGUGUGAGUGACUCGAGUGUGUGUGUGUGUGAGUGAGUGAACGAGUGAGUGAGUGACGAGAUACAAGUCAGGUCUGUGAGCAGCUUCUCAUCUGAAAUACGGAGCUGGAGGUCUGUUGGUCUCCAGCAUGUAGCCCUGCGUCUCCCAGCAGCCCUCUGUCAGGCCUGCAGACGCUUCGCGUGUGAACCGUGCGCUGAACCGAGACGAUGCACGCGCUGGCGUGCCCGGCCGUUUCACCCUCUCAGUCGCCUCUCGCUGGGACUUUCUCAUUAACACGCGGGCAACACAGUGUCCCCUUCCCUGCAGUCCACGUGUUUGUCUUAGCUAAAGACGUCUGUCGCCGGUGGCGUGCGGUGGAACGAAGGGCAAGGUUCGCUCGUAGAGUAGCGGUGUGCUGAGUGUGGGUCAGCUGAAGAUUUCUUCUGUGUCUGGUCUCAGGACACUGACAAAUUCAGCUUUCUUCAUUUUCACCGGACCUUUGAGAGUACUGUCAUCCAAAAGUGUAAACACUGCAGAAAUAAACAGUUUGUAGAAAUUGG